UCACAUAUUGAAAAAGUGAUUGUCAAAGUGAUUGUUUAAAAGAGAGUUCGAUCUUAAGUUCUAUAUAAGCUCUGUUGGACAGUUAUAUAUAACAUACAAACAUGAUAAUUCGAAGGUUUUGUUUAUCACAUCCACUGCAACCAGAACAAACAAUGUUUUUGUUUUCAACUAGGUUCAGGUUUGUUUCUCUUUUCAUUCCCAAAAAGUUUCUUCCUUUUAAUUUCAUUCCCUCUUUUUGCUUCUCAGCUUCAACCCUAUUCCCUCAAUUCAAUAAUCCUCAUCUUGACAAUUCCAUUUCAUUGUUCAAUUCUUUGCUCCAUAACAAUCCUACCCCACCACCCGUUGAAUUUGGCAAGAUUUUAGGUUCCAUUGUGAAAGCUAAACAUUACUCAAUUGCUAUUUCCCUUUUUCAACAAAUGGAAGUUAGGGGAAUCAACCCUGACUUAGUAAAUUGCAAUCUCUUAAUGAAUUGUUUUUGCCAAUUGGGUCAUAUAACUUUUGCUUUCUCUGUUUUCUCAAAGAUUCUCAAAAGGGGUUAUCAUCCUGAUACAAUAACUUUAAAUACACUCAUCAAGGGCUUUUGUCUCAAAGGUGAGGUUCAUAAAGCAUUGCACUUUCAUGACAAGGUGGUAGCACAAGGAUUUCAGUUGGAUCAAGUUAGUUACGGGACUUUGAUCAACGGGUUAUGUAAAGUUGGAGAAACAAGAGCAGCUCUAGAGUUGCUGAGACGAGUUGAUGGGAAAUUGGUUCACCCAGAUGUGGUAAUGUACAACACGAUUAUUGAUAGCUACAAUCUAGAUGUCUAUACAUAUACCAUUAUGAUACAAGGGUUUUGUAACAAGGGCUUGUUGGACGAAGCGUUGGAUUUGUUUUCAAAAAUGAAAGACAAUGGCUCCAUUCCAGAUGCUUUAACUUAUGAAAUAGUUAUUCAUUCCCUCCUUGAAAAAUAUGAAAAUGAAAAAGCGGAGAAACUUCUUUGGGAAAUGAUUGUGAGAGGUCUUCUUUAA